AGGCCCGAGCCGCGAAGCUUGGUUGAACCUCGGAAGCUCCAAAAGCAGGAUGAUGAACUGCGUAUUGGGGUCAGAAUGGGCCGUCGGGGCCAUUGGCGUCAUCUUGUCAGCCGUGGAGUUGCUUAGCUGGACGGGCCGCGUGAUACUGUAGAGAUAGUCGUACGCUUUGCCGCGGUUCGACCUCCGAAGGUCCUUCAACUGUAAGGACUGUACAGUAUCGAUGUUAGGAAGGGAAGAAGUGAAGCUCCUGGGAAUGCUCGAGAACAGCCCCGUACACGACCAGAGAGGGGUCAACUACGGCCGAUGGAUCUCCGCAGCAACCUCAAUGAUGGCUUGCAUAAAAGCAAGCCCUUAUCUCAACCUUUUCUUGUGAUCCUUCCGUCACCGCACAAUAGAUACUGCCGAACCCCAACCACCAGCCCACCAUGUCCACCUCCACCCAGCCCUACAAGCAAGACCCCAUAGCAAUCAUUGGCUUCGCCUGCCGCCUUCCCGGAGGAAACCACUCACCAAGCAAGCUAUGGGAUUUCCUGGAGCAAGGAAAGGUCGCCUCAAACAAAGUGCCCAAGUCGCGUUUCAACAUGGAUGCCCACUACGAUGGGAGCCACAAGCCCGGGACUAUGAGGCCCCCUGGUGGCAUGUUUCUCUCCGAAUCCAUCCCCCUCGACCACUUCGACGCCUCCUUCUUCUCCCUAAGCGGCCAAGACGCCACAGCCCUCGACCCCAACCAGCGCCAACUCCUCGAAGUAGUCUAUGAGGGUCUCGAGAACGCCGGUGUCCCUCUCGAAGCAAUCGAUGGAGCACCAGUGGCUUGUUUCGUCGCUUCCUUCGUCUCCGACUACGGGGACAUGCAAAACCGCGAUCCCGAAGAUUUUCCCGCUAACAUCAGUAUCGGCGUCGGUCGAGCGAUUCAGGCUAAUAGGAUCAGCCACUUUCUCAAUCUCAAGGGACCUAGUGUUACUCUUGACACGGGAUGCUCGGGAAGUUUGGUUGGGCUGGAUAUGGCUGUGCGAGCGGUGCAGACGCAGCAGGCUGAUGCGGCUAUUGUGGCUAGCUCGAAUUUGUAUCUUAAUCCUGAUCAUGUUGUUGAUAAUAGGGGUACGAUGGGCAAGGCUCAUAGUCCUUCUGGGUUGUGUCAUACGUUUGAUGCACUGGCUGAUGGGUACAUCAAGGCGGAAGGUGUGGGGUGUGUCAUUAUCAAGAGGUUGAGUGAUGCUGUUCGAGACCGGGAUCCUAUCCGGGCAAUUGUCCUCGGGACGGCAACGAAUAGUAACGGGCGGACGAACGGUAUCUCUAGCCCCAGCGCUGAAGCCCAGGCCGCGGCCAUCCGUGCAGCUUACCAGAACGCCGGAAUAACCGACCUCAACGACACUCAAUACCUGGAGUGCCAUGGCACGGGUACACCAGCUGGCGACCCAACCGAAGUCCGAGGUGUCGGUCAUGCCUUUGCUGCAACCCGCGACCCAGACAGGCCUCUAAUCAUCGGCUCCAUCAAAGGCAAUGUCGGCCACUCUGAGCCUGUGGCGGGUCUGUCAGGAUUGAUCAAGACCAUCCUCGCCAUCGAACACUCGGUCAUCCCAGGAAACCCGUUAUUCGUCACUCCUAACCCCCAUAUCGACUUUUUGGGCAACAAAGUCAAGGUCUCGAGGACUGCUCUCCCCUGGCCUGAUACCGAGCGCAAGCCCAAGCGUGCCUCGAUCAACUCUUUCGGAUACGGGGGCGCGAAUGCCCAUGCCAUUAUUCAGGAGGCGGACAUCGAACUUCGGGCUCACCAUGUUAACUCCAUCUCCUAUGCCAAUGAGGGCAUUUCUUCGGGCACCGAAGAAAUCGUUGAGUUGGACAAGCCAUACACCAUCGUACUAUCAGUCAACGACGCAUCUUCCCUGAAGAACAACAUCCAGUCUCUCGUCAACCACCUCGGUGACCCACGCGCGAAGCUGAGCUUGGCUGAUCUAGCCUACACUCUCUCAGACCGCCGUACCCGCCUGUGGCAUCGUGCCUUCGUCACCACUCGAACCACCAAGAUCGAGGCCAGCGACUUCACCAUCGGGAAAAAGGCCGACAAGAUCCCCAAAAUCGGCUUCGUCUUCACAGGCCAAGGCGCCCAGUGGCCUCAGAUGGGUAAACAACUGCUCGAGUUUUUCCCUUGGACUAGGUCAAUCCUCGAGGAGCUGGACACUGUCCUGCAGGGCGUCCCCAAUCCUCCCAAGUGGUCCCUUGUUGAGGAACUUACAGAGCCGAGAUCUGCCGAGCAUGUCCGUAAGCCGGAGUUCUCCCAGCCCCUGGUGACUGCCCUCCAGCUUUGCAUCAUCGCUCUCCUUGAGUCAUGGGGUAUUAAGCCUUCUAGUGUUGUCGGCCAUAGCUCGGGUGAGAUUGCCGCCGCCUACACUGCUGGCUUCCUUGGCCGCGCUGGUGCCAUCAAGACAGCCUUUUACAGGGGAUGGGCGACUGUCAACCAGAAUGGCAAGGCCGAGCCAGAUGUCGGUAUGCUGGCGGUGGGUCUUGGUGUUGAAGGUGUCGCUCCCUUCUUGGAGAAACACCAGGGAAAGGCUUGGAUUGCCUGCUAUAACAGUCCACAAAGCUUGACUAUUUCAGGCAAAAAGGAUGCCCUCAUUAAGCUUGCUGAUGAGAUCAAGGGGUCAGGCAGCUUUGCUCGGCUUCUCCAAGUUGAUCUGGCGUACCACUCCCAGCUCAUGGGUGAGUUCGGCGAUGCGUAUGAGGAUCUUCUGACCAAUGAUCAGGACUUCUCAGUUCUUGACAGUCCUUCGUCAUCUAGCGUUACCAUGUUUUCGUCGGUCACGGCACAGAAACUGACCGACGCCUCCCCUACCAAUGCGCUAUAUUGGAAGACGAACAUGAUCUCUCCCGUCCGCUUCAACGAGGCCCUUACGGCCAUGGCCAAGCAGGCUGGUGAUGAGUCUCCCGACUUCCUGAUAGAGAUUGGCCCUUCCGGCGCCCUGGCUGGUCCCAUCUCCCAGGUGCUCAAGUCCCUACCAAAUGCCGGAGAAAUAUCAUACUGCGCCGCUUGGGCUCGGGGUGACAACGCCGCCAAAGCAUUACACGAUGUUGCCGGUCGUCUUUUCGUCGCUGGCUUCCCCAUCAGCCUGUCCCAUGUCAACCAAUAUGACGAUACCAAGGUCCGAACAGUUGUCGACCUUCCCAACUACAGCUGGAACCACUCCGUCAAGUACUGGCACGAGAACGCAACCAGCAGGGACUGGCGGUUCAGAAAAUUUGCCCACCACGACCUCAUCGGAAGCAAGAUCUUGGGUACACCAUGGCAAUGCCCCAUAUGGCGCAAGCACCUCCGCUUAGAGGAUGUCCCCUGGCUUCGUGAUCACCAGAUAGGUCUGGAUGUGUUGAUGCCUGGCGCCGGCCUUGUGACGAUGGCAGUAGAGGCCAUGUACCAGAAACACUGCUCAUUGAACCCAGAGAAAGCGGUUCCAGCAGCCAAUGAGUUGGCCUACCAGCUGCGCCACAUCCACUUCGACCGCGCCCUGGUUGUCGAAGAGAACAAGACUUGCACCAUCCUGUUGACCCUUACUGCGGUACCUGAUAACAAGGAGUGGGAUGAGUUUCGAAUUUCGACUUCGAGUGAUGAUGUGAAUAUCCUUCAUUGUUGGGGCCGCAUUCGCGUCAUCGAUGCCCUCAAGGACAAGAUCAGCGGAACUAACCUUGAGCCUCUGGACAACCCUACGUCUUUCAGCCCAUGGUACAAGGCCCUGAGCGAGGCCAACGUCUUCUUUGGGCCGUCGUUCAGGAAGGUUCUCAGCCUGGAGGCUACCAGUGGGGAACAUAGCUGCCGUGCGCUGGUUGACUUGACCCCGCCCCUGUCCAGGUAUGAGCCGGCAAGCUACUUCCCCAUCCACCCUGCACCCUUCGAUGCUUCGUUCCAAGUUGGGGCGCCGCCCAAUGUCCUGAAUGAACGAAGCCUGAUCAACGAUGUAGUGGUGCCGGGUACGAUUGACGAGGUGAUACUCAACCGCGUCCCCAAGGACUUCAAGGUUGGCCUUGCCAUAGCCAAGUCCGGCUGCAAGCCCGGUGGCUACAAGGACGAAACCAAGGGAACUUCUUGUGAUAUUUCCCUACAUGACCCUGAGACGGGUUCCCUCUAUUUCCAGGCAAGGGGAAUGACUUAUGUCAAGAUUGACGUGGAGAGGCAGCCCGAUCCGCACACCUUCGACUUUGUGUCAUGGAAGCCUGACAUUUCGCUCCUCACACAAGAUCAACUCAUGUAUCUGGACCCCGAGGAUGUUGGCCAGGCUUUCAAGGUUGAUGCAGUCAUUGACCUCAUCGCCCACAAGAAGCCAUUGCUCAGGGUUCUUGAGGUCAACCUUGACGAAGCUGAUACCUCCAGCUUGUGGUUUUCUCCAACAGACAUGUCAAGCAGAUUGGCAUGCUCUGGUUACGGUUUGGCCACCACUCGUUCCACAACAAUGGCUGCCUUGAAAGCGGAGCUUGGAUGCCACAAGGACGCUGCAUUCCACUUGAUCAGCCCCGACAAGAAGGCCCUGGGUCUGGUAGAGAGAAGAAGGUACGAUCUUGUGAUCGUCAAGUCGCACACAAAGUCUGGGGUCCCAGUCAAAGACAUCAUGGCUAACAUCAAGCCCAUUCUUCGUGAGGAUGCGUUUGUGUUGAUAGCGGACGCACCGACCAGCAACACGUCUACUGCGACUGACAGCGGCUAUGAGACUUCCGAUGGGGGCUUGGUUGGCGAUUCUGAUGCAUCUAGUAGCCUUGGCUCUUCUUCCGGAGACUCAAGCUCCGAGGAUGGGAAUGAUCAUGCCAGUUCCGUCUCUUCUGCACCCAUGAGCCGCGUUGAGGCCAGAAAGCUUUUGGAUUCCACUGCUGAAAGCUUUUGGAGCCGGAGGAAGCAGCUGGAUCAGUUGGCUAGUCAAGGAUUUGAGAACAUCCUUGAAGUCACCGACAGUGGCAAUGUGCACUACCUGUGUAAAAACAAGAACGAUCCACAGCCCACUAGCGAUAAAGAGCGGCAUGGAGGGAUCACAGAGCUCCCACGACAUCUGACAGUUGUCGGAUUUAAAAGCUCCAGCCGUCCCCUUCCACCGAGCCUUCACGAGAAACUCGAGUACUCAGGUUGGACUGUGACGCAUCAAAGCGCGUCAGCACUGGAUACCCUUGCAGCUCCCAACACCACUGUCUUUUUGGUCCUCGAUGAGCUCUCCAGUCCAGUACUCGCUCAUGCUUCUGGUCGACAGUGGGAAAGUUUCAAGAGGCUGGUUGCGUCUGGAAACCCGGUUGUCUGGGUCACCAAGGGUUCACAGUACCAGGUUACUGACCCUGACAACGCUUUGGCGCAUGGCCUGUUUCGUGUUGUUCGCCGAGAAGACACCACGGCCAGGCUGACCACCCUUGAUGUGCAAUCUGCUACCAGCCUCGCUACUGCCUGGGUUGUAGACAAGGUUCUCGAGUUGGUCAGAGCCAACAAGGCAGAGACAGAGUAUGCUGAGCGUCAUGGUGUGGUCUACGUGCAAAGGUUGAUGCCUGAUGAAAAGGCGAAUGCUUUCAGGCAAAGCGAGACAGAGGAAGCGCCGACGGUCGUUAAGGGUUUCCAUAAGCAUGAGAACACGGUUCAACUUGAGACUGGCCGGAGUGGCAAUGGCAGGGUAGGCAUCAGCAGCCAUGGCGAUAUUCGAGUACCAGUUCGUCCCGUUUUGCGGACUUUGCAGCUAAGAGAAGACGCUUCUUACCUGAUCAUUGGUGGUCUCAAGGGCCUGUGUGGCUCACUCGCAAUCCACAUGGCUCGACACGGAGCGAAACAUAUCAUCAGUUGCAGUCGUAGCGGUACUUCGGACGCCGUCUCAACUCGUAUCAUCAAGGGAUGCGAUGCCUACGGCUGUGCCGUGACCGAAGCCAAGGGCGAUGUUGCCAGCCCGAGCUUUGUCCGGUCCUUGUUCAAGCAGUAUAGACGUGGUUGGCGAAUAGCAGGUAUCAUCCAGGGAGCCAUGGUUCUUCGUGACAAGACCUAUGAGACCAUGACGGUUGAGGAUUUCCGCCAGGUUCUGGAGGCCAAGGUCAAGGGGACGUGGAAUCUGCACAAAGCUGCGCUAGAACAGGGCAUGACCCUCGACUUCUUCACCAUGCUUUCGUCGGUGUCUGGUAUCAUUGGCAACAAAGGGCAGGCCAAUUACGCGGCUGCCAACACGUUCCUGGAUGCCUUUGCCAGUUACCGGCGUGGGUUGGGAUUGCGGGCCAACUCGGUGGACCUUGGUGCCAUAGAGGAUGUCGGAUAUCUCGCCGAGCAAGGAGCUGGUCUCGAAGCCCGGUUUGACAAGCAGCAGUGGACGCCCAUCGGGGAAAGAGUCCUUCGUCGUAUCCUGACAUGUUCAAUCUUGCAGCAAGACGCCGUCUGUCCUCUCAAUCCUGCCUCUAUAUCACAACUAAUCACCGGCAUUGCGUUCCCUCUGCCUCUCGAUGAGUCGUCGGAUAUCGUGAGUGAUCCAAGGUUCGGAUAUCUCUUCAGCAGCAGUAAUAGUGCUGUUUCGGAAGAUGACUUGAAGCGAAGAGGGAGCGACCAUGGGACGGUUGAUCAAGCUCUGCAGGAGUUCAAAGCACUUGUGGCAGACGGGGCGGAUAGCGCGGCGCUGGUCAAGGCAUGCGUGGAUGUCAUGUCGAGGCAGCUUUCAAGGCUUCUGCGGCUGGAGACCGACAUGGAAAGCGGGAAGCCGCUGAGUGCAUACGGUCUCGAUUCGAUGUCAGCGGUGGAGUUGAGAAGCUGGGUCAGAGGAAGGAUUGGGGCCGAGGUCAGCACGUUGGACAUAACAAAUGCGCGGUCGUUGAUUGCUCUGUGCGAGAAGGUGGUUGAAAGGUUGGCGGGUUGAGAUGAAGGCUUAACAAUUUCUAUUCCAAUCAAUGUGUCGUAAAAAUAAUGCACUAACGCGGGUGCUAUGACCCCGCUGUGACGGACUAUGCCAGAGCACGCAACGAAUCCAGCGCGAGGCGGCAACGAUGACAAGAGAUGGGUGGGAAUGGAAACUUGCAUAUCAGGAAGAAGGAAGGAGAUAGGAGAGGU